CGUCAUUUCCGCUUCAAAAUGGAAGACGUUACAAAACAUGAAACUGGGCUGGAGAGUAAACCAACAGAUGAUACAACGGAAACGGGAUACAUGCUGAUUGACCACGAAGAAGUCCUCAUCAGACAACUAAGUAACAUCCGACAUGAACUAUCGACACAGAUUGCGGACGUACGUCGAGAAUUGGAAACCCAAUGGGAUGUGUUGAGCCGUCUACUUUUGUUUAUCGCGCCAGUAGCCAUCACCUGGGCAGUGUCCAUGUUCGUUAGAUUGGCUGGUAACAGGACGUGGGAGUCUUCACAGGACACACCACAGUCUUCUCACACAAACUCUGUGAAGUCUCCUAGUCUUCACAGGACACUACAGUCUUCUCACACAAACUCUGUGAAGUCUCCAAGUCUUCACAGGACACUACAGUCUUCUUACACAAACUCUGUGAAGUCUCCUAGUCUUCGCAGAACACUACAGUCUUCUCACACAAACUCUGUGAAGUCUCCAAGUCUUCACAGGACACACCACAGUCUUCUCACGCAAACUCUGUGA